AUGGCAUCCCAUCAACCCGGCAAGUGUUGUUUUGAAGGAGUCUAUCAUGAUGGAUCUCCGAGGGGACACCAUGAAGAAAUAUUUGGUUUAGAUACGUACGUAACAGGGUCUGCAUCGCCUCAGGAAAAAGUGAUUGUUAUUAUGACAGAUGUAUAUGGUAACAAAUUCAACAACGUUUUAUUAACGGCCGAUAAAUUUGCAGACGCCGGGUACAAGGUCUUUGCUCCCGAUAUCCUAUUUGGUGAUGCUAUUAUACCAGAUAAACCAAUUGAUCGUGAUGCUUGGUUUCAAAAACACUCUCCUGAAGUCACCAAGAAAAUCGUUGAUGGAUUCAUGAAGUUAUUAAAACUCGAAUACGAUCCAAAGUUUAUCGGUGUUGUUGGUUACUGUUUUGGUGCCAAAUUCGCCGUUCAGCACAUCAAUAUGAAUGAGGGUCUUGCUAAUGUUGCGGCCAUUGCGCAUCCAUCUUUUGUUAGCAUCGACGAAAUUGAAGCGAUUGGUAACGAAAGGCCAUUAUUGAUUUCAGCAGCUGAAGAAGAUCAAAUCUUCCCGGCCAACAUGAGACAUUUGACGGAAGAAAAGCUGAAAGAUAUUCACGCUAUUUACCAAUUGGACCUCUUUAGUGGUGUGGCUCAUGGAUUCGCUGCGAGAGGCGAUAUUUCUAACCCAGCUGUGAAAUAUGCAAAGGAGAAGGUCUUGCUUGAUCAGUUAUAUUGGUUUGAUCAUUUUUCGAAGGUUUAG